AUGGCUGGUGUUCACUUGCGGAAUGCUGAGGAGGAAGGAAAAUUAAAGUCUAGUAAGAUUUGGAGCGUCAUAAGAGAAAGCGGUCAAGUCGUUAAUUGGGCAUCUCUUGUUUGGUCGUCCAAAGUCAUCCCAAGGCACCGUUUCAUACUUUGGUUGUCUUUCCGUAGAAGACUUAGCACUCGGGAUCAAAUUCAAGCGUACAUGGACAUUUCGGAUGCUAGUUUCUUACUUUGUGAUGGGAAUGCGGAGACGAUUGAUCACUUACUCGGGGGCUGUCAAUUUACAAGGCAUAUAUGGAAUAAGUUCACUUCGGUGAUGUCUAUUUCAAAUUUUCCGGAGGCGUGGGAAGAGAUUAUAGCUGCUGCCCAAGAUAGAACUAAGGCUAACAAAUUUCCAGCAAACGUUUUCAAGUGCGGUUUUGCCUCUAUAGUGUAUCAUGUUUGGGCUAAAAGAAACGCACGGGUGUUCGAAAGAGUGCGUUGGAGUAUUGAUCAAAUUGGAACGAUGUUGUCUUUGAUUGUGGGACUCUUAUGA